UAAAUGGAGAGUUUGAUGGGUCAGAGCUUCUCCUGAGUUUCAGCACUGACAACCCAUCCGCUUGACUUGAACCCAACUUAUAGGAGCAGAAUGAAAACUGCAGGUGUCUUUGUGCUGCUGAGCCUGGCUGUAUUCUGUCUCUUCUCAGAUGUUACCAGCCAACGUGAGGGAGAGGCUAUUGACUGCAGUGAGUUUGAUAACAAUGAACCAUACUGCACCAGGGAAUCUAACCCUCACUGCGGCACAGAUGGCCAGACCUACGGAAACAAGUGUGCUUUUUGCAAGGCAGUUGAGCAAGAUGACCCAGCACCAUCGAACACAAUCCUGAUAUUCAGAUCUGAAAAGCAGAUCAACAAGUCUUUCUCAGCAAAUGGAUUCCAUCGCUGGGGAGCAUUGGGAGACUGGACACCACCAAAAGCAUCAGCAUCAAAUCACACUGUCUGCAUGAUGAAGGCUGCAGCUGUGCUGUUUCUCCUCCUAGGACUCUAUUGCUGCUUCUUUGCCUCAGAUGCUCAUCAUUCCUAUGAGCCACAGGUUGACUGCAGUGCUUAUAUGAAGCUUUCUGACAGGACCAAACCUAAAGGAUGCACCCUGGAGUACUUCCCAGUAUGUGGUUCCAAUGGCCAAACGUACACCAACAAAUGUCUCUUUUGCAGAGCAGCCAUAGCAAGUCAAGGGAAGAUCCAUUUUAAGCAAUAUGGGAAAUGCUGAGUCAUUGCCACACACGGUCUAUGGAGGCGUGUUCCGUUCAUCUC